CUUAUCUGUCAAAAGUGACAAGUCCGCGCGACCGGAUCGCGCGACAGUCGAUCGGGCCGUGUGAUCUGAACGGCACGAUAAUGGCGCACUGGUUCCACCGCAACGUCCUCAAGGCGACGACAAGUCAGAAGUUUGAGUUAAAAGUCGCGAACCCCACGGACGCCACCCGAAAGCUUUGCAGCGACUUGAAGCUGUCCAGGGCCAGGCUUUUGGAUUUAGUAAGAAACGCAAAUAAUACCAGCAAUACGAUAGAGCCUGCGUUUCACAGUUACCUAAGUCUGUUGUAUGGAUUCUUGUGGGAAAUUAAUCCAUCUGAGGAACAUAUUGGCAGACCCAAUCCUAGCAAACUCAGAAAUGUUCUUGUAUUCAAGUGGACCCACACGUUACUCGGCGGAGGCACAUUCUCCAGUGCAGAUUCUGUUUACGAAGCAGCCAACAUGAGCGUCAACAUAGGCCUUUGGUUUAUGAAACACGCAGCAAUGAUUGCUGCCAAGGAUGACAUAACAAUGAAUGAGGCUAAAGAAGUACACAGUAUGUUAAGACGAGCCGCUGGAAUAUUUACUUUUGUGCAGACUGAGUUUUUGCCACAAUUGGCUAACCCACCUCCUCUAGGAAGUGAUUUAGAUCCCCGUGUGUUGAACGCGUAUGUUAAUCAGUGUACCGCAGAAGCUCAAGAAGUGACGGUAGCCAGGGCAGUGGAGCUGAAACACAAUUCCAGCUUGAUAUCAGCAUUAGCCAAUGAGACUAGUAAGUUGUUUCUGGAUGCUGCCAAUACUCUUCGACCAUUCAAGGCGGAAAUAUCAGCCCAAUGGAUAAAGUAUUUGGAGCUUAAGGCAACAUUUUAUCAGUCUUACGCUUACAAUUACUGCGGCGAAAACUUAUUAGCUAUGGACAAGUGCGGCGAAGCGAUACGAGCGAUGCAGGAGAGCGACUCGUGUUUGAAAAAGGCGAAAGCUCUGUGCCAAGAGUACGGGAAAACGAAUGGACCUGCGCCUCGCGUUAAGCCGGACCAGCACGCCGUGUUUAAGCGCUUAGCGCCGUUGGUGAAGCUCACUCUUGACAAAUGCAAUCGAGAGAACGGUUUGAUAUAUCAUCAUACGGUGCCGGGGGAGGUUCCGACUUUAGACACCAAAGCUACUUACGGCUUGGUCAGUCCGAUCGACUUCCAAAUGUCAUCACCAAAUCCCAUUUGGAAUUUGGGCACGUACAGAGUGUUAGCUGGACUAGGGGCGGCGAAAACGGAGAAGGAGCAGAACCUGCCGCCUGUUAAAGAGGAAGCGAUCCAUCAGAGCAGUAAGGAGCCGAAAAACGCAAGCGGUUGCGUACUACAGUAAAGCUUUCCGCAAUACGACAUAGGCCGUUUUUUGUAAAUGCUUCUUCUCUUCACAGUGAGAUUAAUUUUAAUUGCAACGGACAUGUGCGGAUGGUGUCUGCAUUAAACGACGCGUAGUAUGUCACGCAUAAGUACAAAUUACGUUGUGAAAAGUCAGGGUACCGAUUGUUAAACGACUUGUUCUUAUCAUGCACAUGUUCGGUCCAGUAUUAAAUCCUGCAUGACACGGUAAGCGGAUGAAAUCGUCGUCGCAAAGAAUAAUAGAUCAAGACACGUAUACUCUACUGCACAUGUCUAAAAACUUUCUGAUAGACUAAUUUUCUCACGUAUCACGGCGCGAAAUGUAACUUGCUUUCAUCAUUGUGACGUUUAAUUGAGUGAAUUAUUAUUAUCAUUGUGUGUGUGUGUGUGUGUGUAUGUACAAGGAAUUUUUUGCUAAGAGCAAAGAAUGUCGUUAAUUAAUGUUGUUGGAGAUUAUUUUUAUCGCUAUGUGACCUAGUCAGUGCAUUUCUCAGAUAUGAAAUUGAAUUUCUCACGAGUAUAACGACAAAAGAGAGACAGAGAAAGAAAGGGAGAAUUAUCGAUUGUGCAAUUACAGUGUGUGUGCAUAUAUUAUAAAAGAGAAAUGUGAUCUUUUUCUACAUAUAUUUUUUUAUAAGCUAUAGGCUUAAAAACGCAAUGGGAUCGUUCAAUUUGGUUCUGAAACACACAUGUUUCAGAAAUAUGUUGAACUAUUGCGGAAGCAAUUGUCGUUGCUAAAUUAUAGCAAUUAUCUUUGUUAGUUAUUAUUUUUAAUAUUUGUUAAUAUCAUGAUAUAGGACGGGCGUUUGUGACCGGAGAAUGUUGUCUAUUAAAAUUAAAAAUCACAGGUUAACGUGCCCGAUGUUGAGAGAAACCACGCAUCUUCAAAAUUCACGCGAUUGUACAUGGUCGGGGAGAAAAGGAGAAUUUUAUUAUUAUAUAAUUUAUAUACAUACAUUUAAUUUAUGUGCGAUACCUUGAUAAGAACCUAUAUGUACCAAUACUAUAAUACAGAUAAUAAAAAAUAAAUCGUAACCUAACAAA